AUGGAUCAGCCUCUGGAAUCAAACCUGGAAGAUGUUUACAAGGCCACGUCAAAAAUCCAAAAUAUAAUACGACAGCUCAAAAGCGACCAUGUCUUUGAGAACAUACAAGAAGAGUCGUUCUCUGCAAUAAGAACCGAGUAUGUCGAACAAGCUCUGAAGCUAUUUCGGGAAAGCCAGGAGCUGCUAGACGUGGUGAAAUUCAAAUUGGAAAGUGGCUCAAGAGAGUUCGAGAAGAGACUUGAUUACAUCGUACAAUACGACACGCUCACUGAGAGGAUCGGUGACCUGCGAGUAGACCUCAGAAAGGCCCAGUUGGUUUCUGUGGAAAGAGAAGAGGAGGUGAUACGAAAUCAGAGAGAGAAAUUUUUCAGCAACAAUUAUCAAAAUCCGGCCGGAGAUGAGAAUGGCAAAGAAGAUUUGUUCAAAACUAGUGGGAAGAAGGAUAGUAUUGCUAAUGCAACCUUUGGCGAUAAGUUACUUGAUAAGAACAUGAGCAUCACGGCCUCCCUACAGAAGUCGAGACAGAUGAUGGAGGCAACUGUCAUGAGAUCCGAGCUCAAUGUGGAAGAAUUAGAGGCAUCUACUCGAAACGUCCAACAUUUGGGAUCCCAGUAUGAGUUCUUCAACGACAUACUAGCAAAGACUAAUGGACUGGUCAAAGAAAUCAACAAGUCCAGUAGCAAGGAGAGGAGAGAGAUAUAUAUGGCGAUUUCUUUUUUCGGUGCUUGCGUGGCAUGGGUUGUGUGGAGAAGACUGUUGAAGAGACCAGUCAUGCUGUUGCUAUGGACUAUUUUUAAGACCUUCAGCAUGUUUCGAUUUAUUUACGGAAAAGCGUCCUCGGUAGACGCAUCCGCUGAACCUGAAACUCUGAUAUCGUCUGAAAUCUCCAAAACUAUAGUCAAGACAGUUGAGAGUAUAACGGAGAGUAUCUCUGAAAGUUGGGGGACGAUGGACAUAGAGACUGAAACUUUUGCUUCUGUGGAGACUCCCGUCAUUGCAUAA